AAACCUUUGCAACCACGACUUCUCGACAACCCAAUUAUCCUUUGUUUUGUGCUUGCCGUGAAAUAACAUAACACACGUGGGUUUCGUUCUCUGAUGCAAAAGUUAAUCACUUGAGAGAGAGGUUUGUUUCCUCGAUCAGUUUUCUCUUUUGUUUUAAAGAUGGAAGGGUUUGAAGAAGGGUUUGUUGUGAAAGGAGGCAUAAAAUUGCCAAUUGGGUUCAGAUUUUGUCCCACAGAUCAGGAGCUUCUCCUUCACUACCUCAAGAACAAGGCCUUUGCUCAACAAUUACCUGCUUCAGUCAUUCCAGAAACUGAUAUUUUUCAGACUCACCCAUGCCUGCUUCCAGGUGAUUUGAGGGAAAAAAGGUACUUUUUUAGCAAUUGUGGAAAAGUGAACAAGAGAAGUGCCGGUUCCGGUUGUUGGAAAUAUGUUGGAAAAGAAAAAGAAAUAAGGGUUUGUGAAAGCAAUGAAGUAAUUGGGAUGAAGAAAACACUGAUUUUCUGCAAAGGUUCCCAUGAAACAAGAACUCGCUGGGUCAUGCACGAAUUGCGUCUUGUAACUUCGUACGCAUAUCAGAUGGCGGUGGCAGAUUUUGCUGUGUAUGUGAUAUUUCAGAAAAGGAAGAAGACGCCAAAAGCAUCUCAGCAGAGACCCUUUUGUAGCAGCAAACUUCAGAGAGUACAUGAUGUUAAACCUAGCAUAAUGGAUUUUGAUCACGAUAAUAUACUGCUUCCGCCACCUUCUUCCCCAUCUUUACUUCAGGACUGUGGUGAAACUUCUAAGAACUUAGACUAGGAUUUAACUUAUAGACUAGAACAGUGCUUGCUUGUAAAGCACCAACUACGUUUAUCUUUACUUUGCAAUAAAUGAAACCACGUUUUACCUUA